AUGUCUGACACUUCAAAAAGUAAAGGUAAGUGGAGAGAGAAGAGAGAGGAUCCAUGUGAGUUUUCAGAAUCUCGAAGCAAAACUCGCUCCUCGUGGAAUCCAUUUCGGAAAGUGUUGUCACUGGUUUCCGGCAAUAGACAUGAUUCAAUUGAAAGCAUCAACUCGUCGGAUGGGGAGAGAGUUACGCUCAGAUGGACCGCCUCUUGCAUCAACACCACCUGCCCAAUUUUUGCCAAAAAUCCACAAUUCAACAUGAUCUACUGCCCAGCAACCUCAAUUCUGAUGUAUGUCGUCGUCACACUUGCAUCCGAACACUCAAUGACGAUGACUCUUCGACGUCUUUUUGAAUUGACAGAUUCAGACAUUCAGGAGAUCCGUGAAAUGAGUGUCAAACUAACCGAACUUCGUUCCCCUCAUCAAUUCUAUUGCUUCGUUCGAUUCCUAGUUGACGAAGAACCGACGACUACAGUAAGCAAGGAGCUGAUGAUUCGUAGUAACGAGGUGGCAAACCAACAAGUUUUCGCAUCGAUUCGUCCGUCGAGAGUCACUAAAUAUUUGAAUUCACUAACCUUCUCACCUGUUUCAUUCAAUCGUCCUUCGUUAUUGUCGACUAAUGGAUAUGGAUCAGCUGGAUUAAAUGCCAAGUGGCAUGGAAAGACCAAAAAAGCAGGAAUGCACCGUUUUGCUGUCACAUACCAUAAGAAGAAAUACGAAGUGUUCUUCGAAAUUCGCACAACUUACCGAACAGUUCAAAUGGAGAACUUCGAAGUGUUCGAGGUUCCAUUCAAGUUCGGAUCUGAUUCUUUCGGAAGUCUUAUCUUUCUCCGACCCCAUUUCAUUGGCCAUCUCCCUUAUGUAAACCGUCAAUUAUCCGCUCAAAGUCUCUCAAAAAUGCUCGAUGAAUUGUUUGCAUCGCAAUGGAUUCCCCAAGGAAAACUUCUGAUUCCCCAGUUUCAAGUCAGUGGUUGUCAUGAUUUGUGGAAGAAUUUGAUGAGGAAUGGAGUGCAACCAGAUCUCGGACAGAGUCAGAAGGCACCUCCGAUGGCUUCGUUAUGGCAUUGGACAAGUCUGAAAGUUGGAAGUGAAGGGAUCAAUGGGAAUACGGUAAUCAAGAAGAAGUUUGAGAAGGAGUCCGAGUCACAGAAGGCUAGUUUGGUUGAAUCCGCCCUGCAGAAGACGUUCCAUGACCGACUGAAUCCAGAAGGUCUCCUUCAUAUACACAAACCAUAUGCAGCUCGAAUCGAUUCUCCAUUCACAUACAUCAUAAUGGUCCAGGGUGUUCCAUUGUUCACAGGAUCGUUCUUCGGAAGUCCGCCUCCAAAAUCAUCCGAUAUUUUUGUGAAUGCUCCUGAGAGAAUCCGCCAACGCCACACUGCUGUCAUUCGAAAACGUAAAGGAAAGGAGACUCGAAAACAGAAAUUAUUGAGAAAACUGAAGAAAUCGGAGGAAAGAGAAAAAGAAAAGGAUAGAAAAAGAGAGAAAAAACACAGGAAUGCAAGAAGAAGUGCAUCUCCACCGAAACCUUCUGGACCAUCCACAUCGUCAUCUGGAUCGUCGACACCGACUUCUGAAGCGUCUUCUUCAAAAUCUUCGCCGUCUACGAAGUCUUCUCCAAUUUCUCCAAAAGUUUCGAUUAUUGAGAAAAAAGAAGAAGAGAAGAAGGAGGAAAAGAGCAAGUCGAGUGCUUGGAGACGUUUCGCAAAUCGGAUUUUCAAGAGGAAACAUUGA